AGGUUUUCUUGCCCAGAGAGCACCUUAUAUAUUCUAUAUAGCAUCCAUGGCAUUCCAUGUACUUUAGUAUAUCUAUACUACGCAUGUUCGCUGAACUGAGGCUACACCAGCUAACAAGUAUCAAACACUUCAAAUGUGCUAGAACUGUUACUAGUAGAACCAUUAACACAUACAUAAAGAAAAUGCUUCGUCACGAUGAGGAUGGGUCCAGGAUCUUAUCUGGCACUGAAUUAUCAAAGGUGAUCCGCACAAGAAUAGCUGCCAAGGUGCAAGCGGCUGGAGGCACACCUGGCCUUGCAGUAGUACAGGUGGGGGCUCGUGAGGACUCGAAUGUAUACAUACGCAUGAAGCGUAAGGCCGCAGAGAAUGUGGGAUUCAAGUUUGUGCACGUCCACCUCUCAGGCACAGUCACGCAAAGCGAGGUGCUCAGCGAGAUUGCUGCGCUGAACAAUGACAGGAGCAUCUCUGGUGUCCUGGUUCAGCUGCCGCUUCCGUCCCAUUUGAAUGAGAAGACCGUCACCGAGAGCGUGCACCAUUCCAAAGACGUUGACGGAUUCACUUCGACAAAUGUCGGGCUUUUGAUGAAGGGCGAUCUGAAGAGUACGUUUGUGUCCUGCACACCAAAAGGCUGUCUUGCUUUGCUGCAGGAGAAUAACCUUCCCAUUGCGGGCAAAGUGGCUGUUGUCUUGGGGCGUAGUAAUAUUGUGGGUCGACCCAUAGCUUCGUUGCUAGAGAAGCACAACGCCACUGUGAUACUCUGUCACUCGAAGACAGCGAAUUUGACAUCAAUCAUUGGCAUGGCUGAUAUCUUGAUAGCUGCCAUUGGCAAGCCCGGGUUCGUGACAGGGGACAUGCUCAAACCUGGAUGCGUGGUUCUUGAUGUAGGGAUCAAUUCCGUGGCCGAUGCUACGCGCAAGUCUGGUAGCAGGUUGGUAGGAGACGUGAACUUCGACAGUUGCAAGACAGUUGCGUCUGCAAUCACGCCAGUGCCCGGCGGUGUGGGGCCUAUGACCGUGGCCAUGCUGCUGGAGAACACACUAGAAGCUUACAACCGUGGUGUACGGCCCCAAGGGGGUGACUGGAAACUCAUGCCGACCCCUCUGAAGAAACUAGAUCCCGUGCCAAGCGAUAUUGCUAUCGCGGAGGUAGCGGUGCAGAAGCCUGUGCUAAGCUUAGCUGAAGAAGUAGGGUUGGACCGAUCGGAAGUGUUGCCGUAUGGAAUGGGCCUUGCCAAGAUCGACAACUCGGCUGUGCUUGAACGGUUACAAAGCCAAAAGAAUGGCAAAUACGUCUGCGUGACUGGAAUCAAUCCCACACCAUUGGGAGAAGGAAAAAGCACCACCGCUAUAGGUCUCGUGCAGGCGUUGGGUGCGCAUCUGCAAAAGAACGCAUUCGCCUGCAUUCGACAGCCGUCGAUGGGGCCCACAUUCGGUAUCAAGGGGGGUGCAGCGGGAGGAGGUUACUCACAAGUCGUGCCCAUGGUGGACUUCAAUCUGCAUCUCACGGGCGAUAUCCACGCCAUCUCACUUGCCACCAAUCUGGUCGCCGCCGCUAUUGACGCGCGUAUACUGCACGAGAGCACACAGACCGACACGGCGCUGUUCAACCGCCUCGUCCCUGAGCACAAGGGAGUACGGUCCUUCAAUGACAUACAGCUGAGGCGCCUUCGAAAGCUCGGCAUAACUCAGAGCCUUCCGGCAGAGCUCAGCGAGAGCGAGCGCGCGCGGUUUGCUCGGCUGUCUAUCAAUGCGUCUACGAUCACGUGGCGAAGGGUUGUGGAUGUGAACGACCGCUUUCUGCGCGAGAUCACCAUCGGCGAGUCCGCUACAGAGAAAGGCCUGACGCGGAAGACGGGGUAUGAUAUCGCUGUGGCGAGUGAGCUGAUGGCCAUCCUCGCGUUGUCUAACAAUUUGAGUGAUCUCAAGACACGCGUGUCUAAGGCUGUGUUUGCAUCUAGCGUUGAUGGCGAUCCUCUCACGCUUGACGAUCUAGGUAUCACAGGCGCAGUCACUGUGCUGAUGAAGGAUACACUUAUGCCCACACUGAUGCAGACGCUCGAGGGAACGCCUGCUUUUGUGCACGGUGGACCGUUCGCAAACAUCGCGCACGGCAAUAGCUCUAUAAUUGCCGAUAAAAUGGCCCUUAAACUGGUGGGCGAGGACGGUUACGUUGUGACGGAGGCCGGAUUCGGGGCAGAUAUUGGCAUGGAGAAAUUCUUCAACAUCAAGUGCAGGGCCAGUGGGGAUAUCCCUAAUUGUGUUGUCCUGGUCACCACUGUCAGAGCCCUCAAAAUGCACGGCGGCGGUCCUAAUGUCGUUGCGGGCAAGAAACUCCCAAGCGCGUACACAUCCGAAGACUUGGAUUUGGUGAAAUUAGGCUCAUCCAAUCUCGCUCGACACAUUGAGAGUGCGAAUAAGUUUGGCGUCCCUGUUGUCGUAGCCAUCAAUCGGUUCACAUCGGACACGACGCGUGAGGUCGAACUCAUCCGAGAGAUAGCUAUCAGUGCCGGUGCCCGUGGCGCUGUCGAGGCUGAUCACUGGAAGGAGGGUGGUGCAGGAGCUGUGGAACUGGCCCAGCAAGUGGUAGAAGCAUGUAAAUUGGAGAGUGACUUCAAGGUGCUGUACGAAUUGGAACAGCCAAUCGAGGCUAAGAUCGAGACCAUUGUCAAGGAAAUCUAUGGCGGUAGUGGUAUUGAGAUCAGUCCUCUAGCAGCAUCACGAAUCGAGGACUACACGCGACAGGGCUUCGGAAACCUGCCCAUAUGUAUGGCCAAAACACAUCUCUCUCUAUCAGCAGACCCCACUGCUAAGGGUCGGCCUGAGGGCUUUGUCAUUCCCAUCCGAGACGUACGGCUCAGCGCUGGUGCAAACUUUCUGUAUCCACUGUGCGGGACGAUGAGCACCAUGCCCGGCCUGCCCACGCGGCCAUGUUACUAUGAUAUUGACCUCGACCCAGUGACUGGAAAAAUAUCAGGAAUGAUGUAAAUCCCGACCUAUAGUGCUUGCUACAUUACUUAUGUGAUAGUUAUCGUAACGCGUGUCCACUACCCAAUCGUUCGCGAGAGCACUCCAUGCAGUCGUCUGAUCGAACCUUCGACGUACACCAAGGAAACCAUCUGUGGUCUGCUCGGGAGUGAUCAUGGCAUCACUGACGUUUGGUAUUAUGACUCUUAGCUGGAUCGGUCAAGACUAUGCCAUAUAGCGCAACUCGUAUAGGAAGAGCUUCUAUGCGUGUACAUAAGCGCAAGCUAGGUAUCGUAGGCAGCACUAGCAUCGUAUCGAUGUAGACAUCAAUAUCUUAGUAUACCGGAAGGCAUAGAAAUUAAUUGCUGUCGAUAUUCGACAGACAUUUAAUGGGCAGCGGGACGCACCAAUUAAUGCACGCUGCGAGGUCCAUAGACGACUACAGCUAUUUCCGAUCGCGUUUAAUUAGAAAUUGAUCGAUGAUUUAUGAUCAGAAUAAUACAUAUUAAAUAUGGCCCACAAACGGGCAUGAUCUAUUGCCAUGUACCUAUUCAGUGCUAGUAAGCUACUUGUGUAUAAAGCCAACAAGUCCGCUGGUUGCGGUUGCAGCACCAUAUACUUAUACAUUAUUGGUUAUUCAC